CUCGGCCUCCACUCGGACACACUCGGUAAAAAAAUGGGCGUGCUCGGUUGUGGUGCGUCUCAACCGGCGGUACAAUCGGAUGAUCCCGGGCGGGCGGAGCCAAGUACGAGGAAAUGGUACCGUUGGAUGACUGCUCCCAAGAAAACCGGCGACGAGCAUCAGCACCGGUAGUUUGACUGUACGUCUUCACCGCUUUUCAGCCCAUCCCCGCUGCUACAGCAAGCCAGCAAGAUAACUCUCUCAGGCAAAACUCCGGUCACUCACGACAGCACGUCAACGCUCGUCUGCUCACAAACCAAGCAACACCUUGUAUGCUGCAAUUUCCAGAAAUAUCUGUGAAGUGGCUCGGAGAUUAGCGUUACAGACACACGGCUACAGGAUGGAGACGCAGAUACAUGUGCCCGUCGGGUCGCCGGUAAUUAGAAAGAUUCCCAUUUUCGUGGACGAGCACAACGUGACGGAGGGGGCGAUGAAGCUCAUCAAAGAGCUGAGACCGGCGUGGGACACGAGCCAUGUCAAGACGAAGCUCUUCACUGAUGGAACCACCAACAAAUUAGUGGGCUGCUAUGUGGACGACAGUCCAGAGGAUGUGGUCCUCGUCCGAGUAUACGGCAACAAGACAGAGCUGAUUGUGGACAGAGACAAUGAGCUCAAAAGCUUUCAGGUGCUACAUGCUAAUGGCUGUGCUCCUCGCCUCUACUGCACCUUUCAGAAUGGCAUCUGCUAUGAAUUCAUGCAGGGAGACGCCCUAGGGACGCAGGAUGUCAGGGAUCCUUCCUUACUCAGACUGAUAGCCAGGGAGAUGGCUCGUAUCCAUGCCAUCCAUGCACACAAUGGCUGCAUUCCCAAACCUAACCUCUGGAUCAAGAUGCGGAAGUACUUUUCCCUUGUAGCCACAGAGUUCACCGACCAAGCGUCCAACAUCAGAAUCCAGCAGGAGGUUCCCAGCAAGGCGGUGUUGGAGCAGGAGAUGGUAUGGAUGAAGGAGCAUCUCUCCACACUGGGCUCCCCUGUAGUGCUCUGCCACAAUGACCUGCUCUGCAAGAACAUCAUCCACAACAGCAAAGAGGGUCACGUUCGCUUCAUAGACUAUGAAUACUCCAGUUACAACUACCAGGCCUUUGACAUCGGCAACCACUUCAAUGAAUUUGCAGGAAUGGCCGAGCUGGACUACGGGCUGUAUCCCAGUCGGGAGAUGCAGAUGGACUGGCUCAGAGUGUACCUGCAGGCGUACAAGCUCUUCACCAAGAAAACAGAGGAGGUCAGCCCGCGAGAGCUGGAGACGCUCUAUGUACAGGUCAACAAGUUUGCUCUGGCUUCUCACUUCUUUUGGGGUUUCUGGGCACUCAUCCAGGCCAAAUACUCCUCCAUCGACUUUGACUUCCUCGGGUAUGCUGUGCUGCGUUUUAACCAGUACUUCAAGACCAAACCUGCACUGAUGGCCCUGCAGAUCCCAGAAUGAGAGGAGAAAGGAAGACAGAAUGCAGAGAGAAGACUGUAGGAAGUGGGGGCCAGGUUUAAUGCUGGGACUUCCUGUAGGGUGGGAGCUCUUCUCUGUCAGUCAGCUGUCCAUGGACCAGUGCUUGGUCAACAUGACAUCCUUUUCUGCAACAAGCGCAAUUACCCUUUCAUUCCUCCAACCUAGCUCCACGCCUGUCACAACUCUAGCUCAAGAAUUCUAAAACUUCCACGAGUUCUGUGUGUAUGGAUGCAAAAGUGUGCUUGCGUACGUUCCUAAUUUAUCUUGAAACCCAACAUCUUGCUUUUCCGCCUAGGGCAGCAGAACAAGGCGUAGAUAGCACAGCAGUCACAGAGUUUAAAGUAGAUAAUAGUGAGUUAAAUCCUGCUUUGUUGUUACUGGAACCAAAAUGUUCCACAACGCUGGUGAUUGAAGGUCAAAAGAGGAAUAAGACUGCUGAGGAGGGUUUGUCAGAUAGUUUGUCCAGUUCUCUGCGCUGUAUCAAUGCCUCAAUGCCAUAGCCUCAAUGUAGUUAGGAACUGACUACAGAGGCAUUUCACCUGGAAUCCGUCAGAUUUUGCAUGUGGUGUGCGUGGUGAGACCAUUCCUCCUUUCAACACUUUAAUCCGUGCGAUCUUCCUCUUUUGUCCCCAUCUUUGGUGCUAAAUGCUCGUAGAUGCGGUAUUUCUGCUCUGCACUUCCCAGAGAUCGCCUGUGCAGCAGACACUGGGCGGUACUGUGUCUGCUCUCUUUCCUCUGAUCUUUUUUUUUUUUUUUUCGUUGCAGUUUGAGCUUCUGUCAGUUCCUCUUUUAGUUAUUCCAAGAAAACUGCUGCUGCUGCUAGAGAGUAAAAUAGACUUUUCUGUGUGCUAGUGGACUUUUCCCCUGGAAGGACCUACCAGACACUGAGUGUGUGGAAGAGCAAAUGGAAAAGCUUUUCAUAGAGUGGCUGUAGGUUUAAUCACUAUUGUGUUAUAGCAAUCAGUGAUAGAGAGUAGCUAAAUGUGCAUUAAUUUAUUUAUGUGAAGAAAUGUGUGGAUUAUAUUAACAUCUCAGGUGAAAUGUGUUGCUUUGUGUGGAAUUGGGCAGUGAUGCUAACAGAGGAGGGGAGAAUAGAGGGGACCUAUGUUAAUGUCACUUUAAACUCUGUGUGCAUUUCUGUCCUCAGACCUUUUCCACCUUUUUGACUUUUAUGGUUGCAGCGAAUCGCUCCAUUAGACUUUCCAUUUAAACUCUCCAGACCUCUCGGAAAAUCACAACCCAGGUCACCCCUCCCCCCUCCUUUAAUGCCCUCCUGUGUCUGCUCCCCCCUCACAUUACCAACUUUGAUCUCCUUCCACCCCAGUUUUGUUCCAAACCGAGGCGGGUAGCACCUGUUCCACGAGCCAUCCUGACAUCAGAGACUGCUCUCAGCCCCACACUGUAAUCCAUCCCCAUUCACAUCCUAGAUUUGGAGCCAAAAUUCAGUUACAUCAGCAGACAUUGCAUAAGUUAUGUGUGGGGGUCAAAUCAAGUGUAGCUGUGAAAAGAGGCAGGAAUGGGUUAUCUGGGGCUGUGUUGCUGUCCUGAGACCAGCUAGCACUUCAAUGGAAAAAGACGGCAUAUGACACAGUCAGUUCUAGAAGGGAAACCGUACAGGCACACACAUCUCUGAAAGUUAACUUGCUCUUAAUGGGGGAUUCCAGCAAUUUUACACAUCAAGGUCCGUUUACAGGUGUUGAAAAGUACUGCUGCUUAUUUGGAAAAAGUUGAAGCCCUACAUGACUCCAGAGGGAGCUACGGGAUGAUAUAUGGCCUCAGGUGACAUUGGGGAUGAAGAUCCCAUCUACUUUGUAAAAUGAAUCUGGAGGUGUGAAGUGUGGUGCUAUGGUGCUCCUCAUCUCUGGAUUAGUCCCUUCUAGCAUAACACACCUGAACUUCCAAGAAACUAUUUUGGUUGAGCUGCAUUGUGGGUCAGUAGUUUGGUACCUACGUAUGUUUUUUUGUUUUUUUUUUGUCCUUGUCCCCAGAAAUAUGGUAUUGCAUUCCCAUUAAUGGGGGACUUCUGAGAAACAUAUUUUAAAAAUCACUUUCAACAUUGAAACAGUGGAGACUGAGAGGUGUUGUCCCAAGUAUGCACUACACUUACCACAAUGCAACUCAACGGCCUUUCGUAGUGUAAGAACCGUCUUCACAAGCUUAGAUCCAGACAGACAUCAGCAGCUUUCUUACUUUGACUCAUUGGCCUUAAAUUAAACUCAGCACACAUAUUAGUAAGGUCUUAAAUACUUCUGUAUUUGGCUUGUAGAACCCUGCAGAUACUUUAACACCUUGCCGGCGCUCAUAGUGAACAGGAUACACUCCUCUGCAUUCAUGAAUGAACUGAGCUUCAGAUGAUCUAUUCUGAAGCUGUUUAUUUAUAGUUGGCUCCAGAGAUGUCACUAUACCACUAUACUUGUCCCCCUACCAGUCUUGAGGAUAAUUAGCCCUUCAUAGUCCCAGCAGGGGGAGACACUGAGCUCUGACCUUUGUCCUCCACUGCAGGUCUCAUGUAACUGACAGGCUUAAUAAUUUACCAAGUGGGCAGCACAUUGGACAGAGACUGACUGAUAUUAAUGGUUUCCAGUGAAGGCAGUUAACCCGAGGAAUGACACAAGUGCUCUCAGAAGGAUCACAUUUAUAUUCUAAAUGUUCUAAAUGAGGUUCUUAGAGGUGAUGACCAGAGCCUUCUGAAUGUUUGUUUUAACUCAGGGGCUGUGUGAGGCUAGUUGAGUUUAAAAGCAACUUAAUGGAAAAGCACUCAUGUGAUGGCACAUAAUUGAGUGUAAAAGCUCAACGAUGACAUGGUCUUGAAAAAGCUUGAAUCUGCCAUGUCAGUAGUGCAUUUUAAUUAAUGAAUAAUCAAGACGCCCUUACUUUAGACAACUAAUGGCGGAAUAAUCUUCUUAGUAGAUUUGCAGACAAAGACCAAAUUAGUGAGCUUGCUGCUUGAACGCACAAUCCUAAUGCCCUGGUAGGAAUUCAGCCUGGAUAAAAAGGGCAUUUGCACUCCGUGAGCACUGAAUUAAUGUCUCCAUUCACUCAAUAGAGGACACUGAGCCUAAGUUGACCUCAUCUGCAGUAGUGACACAGUUAGUUUCUAACACUCCAGCACCGAUGUUGAAGUCUAGAGGUAAAUGUAGGCUUGAACUGACAGCACUAAAAUCUUUGCACCCUCUCAGGAGUGUGCUCAUGUUUUAUCAGUUUGGUCCAUUGAUCACCUUACCCACCUGUUGUAUGGCAUCAGAAAUCACCAAAAUCAUCUCGGCGUCACUCCAGUCCAGCGUCUGUGAUGAAGGCUUCAUCAUGCUUUGCGCGCAGCAUUUCACCACCACUGAAGUAAAGUCAGCCCUGCUGUGUCUCAGGGAAAAACAUCCUCCUAUAAAUACAAUUCUGACACUCAACCGUACAGUUUGUUAGAGGUACAAUCCACGAUCAUAUGUGAAACCCACCAUCAAAAAUCAACCCCUAAGCUUGGAACCCAUCAUACCUCUAAAUGUGACAGACAGUCUAUACUGGGAGUGUUUGGUGUCAACACUGCUAGCGCAAAAGCUUUAGACUGCAACGGGCCAAGGUUAGCUUAUUAUGCUAACUUCAGUGGAUAUCUCUUCAAUGUCAUGACAUCAGAACUGUUACUUAUUAACAUUGUGUUGAUCAUUUGAAUUGCACUUAUUGCAUUGCACCAGUGUUUUCAACUCCUUUAAAAGUUUAGAGUCUGUUGCGUCACCUCGCAUCAUUGACCCACUGUACUGACACACACUGGAGCACACAUCUACAUUACUGCAGCAAGGUGAGAAGGUAAACCGUAGGGAUCGGCAAGGACACAAUGCUCAGCAGCUCUCAAAGUUGCUCUUUAAAUGCGCAAACUAGCAUUGGACUUAAUCUAUGCUACGGAUAGGGGCGAGCGAUUUAAUCUCAAAGUUCAUUCACCAGCUUUUUCGGGAGCUUCCAACUGCAUCAUGUGGUCUUCAGCAGAUGGGGUUAGCUCAGUUGGAUGUGUUAACAUGUCUUGUCUGGGAAAAAUUGAGAAAAGUGGUCAGAUCACUUUGUCAACGCAUGUCUCGUUAUAAACGUCUCAGUUUUAACUUAUUUAGUUCACCAAAAAGUUAGCUCAAAUUAGCCAAAGGUUUUUCACUGUUGACUGAACAGACAAUUGACUAAAAACAGCUAGCAGUAUAAUUUCCAUAUGUUGAAUAAAAUUAAAUGACAUUACCAGACACACAGAUGGUACUGUUGGUCAUUUUCUCAUUACAUUACACACUGGGUAAGGUGAAAAUAAGCCGAACAAGUUGUUGUGGACAUUCAAUAAAGAUACUCAACAUGUACCCGGUUUGAACCAACUCAUACAUUUGAUGUGUUUUUGUGGCCACGCCUAGUGUCCCAGACAGGCCGUCUGAAUUUUCUGUUUGAUGCUGGUUGUCAAAUAUUUCAAUGUCUUUCAUUUCAAACAGGGUUUAUUUAUUGAGUGAAUUUAACAU